AUGUCCACUGCAGCACGUCGACGGUUGAUGCGUGACUUCAAGCGCAUGCAAACCGACCCUCCCGCCGGUGUUUCCGCAUCUCCUGUCCCCGAUAAUGUCAUGACAUGGAAUGCCGUCAUAAUAGGCCCUGCCGAUACACCAUUCGAGGACGGCACCUUUAGACUCGUGAUGCACUUUGAGGAGCAGUACCCCAACAAGCCUCCCGCUGUCAAGUUCAUCAGCCAAAUGUUCCACCCCAACGUCUACGCGACCGGAGAGCUUUGCCUCGAUAUUUUGCAGAACCGAUGGAGUCCCACAUAUGACGUCGCUGCUGUCUUGACGAGUAUCCAGAGUCUGCUCAACGACCCAAACACCGGCUCUCCAGCCAACGUUGAGGCAUCCAACUUGUACAAGGAUAACCGCAAGGAAUACACGAAGCGCGUGCGAGAGACGGUCGAGAAGAGCUGGGAGGACUAA